AGCAGAUAAACCCCCUGCGGCUCCACGGACUGCGAACCAUGGCGGAGAUGGAAGCGAGCCUGUUGCGCCAGUGCCCGCUGCUUCUGCCUCAGAACCGGGCGAAAACCGUGUACGAAGGAUUCAUUUCGGUUCAGGUGGAAGAUCAGCUCAUUGAUAAUGAGAAGUUUCUUGUUUUAUAAUAUAGAUGGUUAGUGCUGUAAAUUUUUCUUCAGACACUACUUUGGCUCUAUCACACAUAUUUUGGGAUGUGAUUUUCACCUUAGAGUAGUGUUGCCUGAAGAUUUACAAAUGAAGAAUGCAAGAUUAUUAUGUAGUUGGCAACUGAGAGCAAUACUUAAUGGAUACCAUCAAAUAGUACAACAGAGAAUGCAGCACUCUCCUGAUCUAAUGAGCUUUAUGAUGGAGUUGAAGAUGAUUUUGGAAGUUGCUUUAAAGAAUAGACAAGAGUGUUAUGCACUGCCUCCUCCCCCCCAGUUCUACUCCAGCCUUAUUGAAGAGAUAGGAACUCUUGGUUGGGAUAAACUUGUAUAUGUGGAUACUUGUCUCAGUACCAUCAAGUUAAAAGCUGAAGAUGCUUCUGGUAGAAAGCAUCUAAUUACUCUCAAGUUGAAGGCAAAGUACCCUGCAGAAUCACCAGAUUGUUUUGUGGAUUUUCCUGUUUCAUUUUCUGUUUCCUGGACACCACAGAGCUCCUUAAUAAGCAUUUACGGUCAGUUUUUGGCAGCCUUAGAAUCACUGAAGGCAUUCUGGGAUGUUAUGGAUGAAAUCGAUGAGAAGACUUGGGUACUUGAGCCAGAAAAACCUACCCGGAGUGCGACGGCACGCAGAAUUGCACUAGGAAAUAAUGCUUCAGUAAAUAUAGAGGUUGACCCCAGGCAUCCUACUAUGCUUCCUGAGUGCUGCUUUCUUGGAGCAGACCAUGUGGUAAAACCUCUGGGAAUUAAGCUGAGCAGAAACAUACAUUUAUGGGAUCCAGAAAAUAGUCUGUUACAAAACUUGAAAGAUGUUUUAGAAAUAGAUUUUCCAGCUCGCGCUAACCUGGAAAAAUCUGAUUUUUCUAUGGAUUGUGGGAUUUGUUAUGCCUAUCAGCUUGAUGGCGCCAUUCCUGAUCAAGUGUGUGAUAAUUCCCAGUGUGGACAGCCUUUCCAUCAAAUAUGCUUAUAUGAGUGGUUGAGAGGACUACUGACUAGUAGACAGAGUUUUAACAUCAUAUUUGGUGAAUGCCCAUAUUGUAGCAAGCCAAUUACCUUGAAAAUGUCUGGAAGGAAAUCCUGAAAUAAGAACAUAACCUUUCUGUGAAGAGCUGGCAACUUUAAAAAUGAUCAGAAAGAUUUUAUUUGAUAUCUUCAUAGAAAAUAUAGAGCAAGACAUACUAAAGUCAAAAGGAAAAGAACGAUGAAGCCAUAAUAAUACACGUCUGCCUUUGCCUCUUCACUAAGAGUCCAGUCUGGGACCUCCAUACCAGUUGUAGAAGUGUAUGUAUAACAAGAUGAAGAUCUGGAAUUACUGAAUAUAUUCGGACUGGUAGAAUCUUGAUAGGGUUCAUAGAAUGUAUUUGGGAAUUGUAUACAGCUGGAUGGUUGUGGAGGACUUUUUAUUUCAUUCAGAAUUUGAGACUCACAAUACUUUUGUCUUCUCCUUGUGCUUUCCUAUAGAAAAACAUAUAGUGUUAAGUUUGAGUUAUCCUAGUAUUUAUUUUGUGUAUUCGGUAAGAAUACUAAAUAAAACAUGUUACACAAAAA